AUGAAAUAAGCAUUUAGCUCUGGCAAGAAUAAAAUCUUAUAGAUUUAUUAAAAAAUGAAAGAAAAUGUGCUAUCAGAUAAUUUCUCAUCAUACUUAGUAUUAGGUGUUGUAGCAUUUACUUCUGGUAUUAUGGGUUUAUCAGAUUUAGCAAUUAGUUAUCUUUACAAAGAUGAUUAUAAAAUGAGUCCAUCUCAAGUUUCACUAGCUUAAAGUAUAGUAACUCUUCCUUGGAUUUUCAAACCAAUAUGGGGUUUAACUUCUGAUUGCAUUCCUUUUAUGCAAUAUAGAAGAAAAUCAUAUUUGAUUUUGUGUGGGCUAAUUUCAUUUGUUAUGUGGUCGUUGAUGGCCUAUUAAAUAAGAUAAAAAUUUUUAGGUUUUGGAGCUCUAUUUAUAAUUCAAUUUUGUGGAUCAUUUUGUAGUGUUAUUGCAGAGGCAAUUGUAGUAGAAAUUUCACAAAAAAGAGCCAGAGCUAAUACUGAUUGGACUGAAGAGUAACAACAAGCUGAAGCAGCCAAAAACGUUUCUCUUUUUUUUGGUAUUAGAAGCUGUGGUGCUUUAGUAGUUGCUUAUCUAGGAGGUCAUCUUCUUGAAAUUUUUUCUAAAUAUACGAUUUUUGCGAUUACAAGCUGCUUUCCAUUAAUGAUUGUAGUUUCGUCAUUCUUUUUAGAUGAAGAAAAAACAAUAAAUAAUACUACUUUGGUUGAAACAACUAAAUAUUAGAUUAGAUAAUUUUGGGUUUUUAUAAGUAAACCAGCUAUUUAUAAACCUAUUCUGUAUAUAUUAGCUUUUAUGAUGAUGCCUUGCAGUGGUUCUGCUAUGUUCUUUUUUUAUACAAAUGUGUUGGGUUUUUAGCCUGAAUUUUUAGGGUAAUUGAGAUUUAUAUAUGCUUCAGGCUCUAUUUUUGCUACCUUAAUGUAUAAUAAAUAUUUAAAGAGUGUUCCCUUUAAAAAACAGUUCACAUACAGUACAAUUGUAAGCUCAAUAUUUGGCUUAACUUAGAUUUUACUUGUUACAAGAGCUAAUUAAAGAUUAGGAAUCCCAGAUAAAGUAUUUACAGUAAGUGACAGCAUUAUGCUUCAAAUUGUAGGUGAAUUUAACUUAAUUCCUAUUUUAGUAAUGGCAUGCAGACUGUGCCCUAAAGAUAUUGAAGGAACUAUGUAUGCUUUAUUAAUGUCUACUUUAAAUUUUGGAGGAAUUAUGAGUGAGCAACUUGGUGGUUUAUUAACUUAUUCUUUUGGAAUUAGUGAAACAAACUUUGACAAUCUUUGGAUUCUUGUUUUAAUUACCAAUCUUUUACAAUUAACUCCUUUGAUAUACUUAAAUAAGAUUGAUAUCAAUAAAGCUUAGGAAAUUACUGGUUCGACCCACUAAUAAUAAGAUUCUUAAGACGAAGAAAAAAUUGAAGCUAAAUAAAACACAAGUGAAUCAGAAUAGUUUUAAGAUGAUGAUAAUGAAGUUAAAAAAUGUGUUAAUAAUUAAGUUAAUAAUACUGUUUAAAAUGAGGAAGACAGGUUAUGUGAAUAGUCUGAUUAAGAUUAUGGCUUAAGUUAGUCAGAGUAGGUAUAAAUCAAUAACCAAAUUGAAUAAUAUAUUGAACAUUAUUCAGGAUUUUGA